AUGAAUCUGAUUUUAGUGACAAUUUGCGCAAUUCUUCUGACACAAGUAAAUGCCGGUGAUAUAUCUGGAUCAGUCACAUGUGAUAAUAUCCUAAAGUUCUUUGUUGAUGGUCAGCUUGAAGCAAGUUCAAACGAUUGGCAAGUCGCUUCUCCAGUUUCUUUUUCGGAUACAGCACAUGUUCUGGCAUUCGAUUGUCUGGAUGAAGGUGUGAUCGCAGGAAUUCGAGGUUCAUUUAGUAAUGGGGUAGUUACUGAUUCGUCAUGGAGAUGUUCAACUUCAGCCGAUGAAGGCUGGAAAGAAAUAGGAUUUGAUGAUAGUAACUGGCAGGAUGCCACUAUACAGACCCACACCAACUGGGGAGCAAAUCCAACAUCUAUACCUAGUGAAGCUAAAUGGAUUUGGACUGCUGGCGAUACUGCUGAUACACAUGUUUUCUGCAGACUAAGGUUACACCCGGCAACCUGUGUUCCUGGCAACUUGAACACAUCUCAUGUUAUGGAUCCAAAUGACUGCAAACGAUUUUGGCAAUGUGUACAUGGAACCUACGUAUCGAUGCCUUGUGCACCUGGAACUGGUUUCCAUGAGGGUCAACAAAGGUGUGAACAUUUGUAUCUGUUACCAAACUGCAAUUAA